UUGUUAAGAAGUCCUUAUGUGACCUACAGUUUAAAUCAAGGCCAGCCAUCCAGAACCAUGCUUCCCUUGGACUAGGGUAGAGAGGAGGGCCAGAAUCUGCUGUAUGAAACUGAGUAUGAGACCCAGGCAAUGUUAUCCAUAAAGUCAGAAAAAAGGAGGCUUGCUAUGAACUUAUGGGUCAAGAAAGCUUCAGAAAGGAAUUAGGACUUGGCUUGAGCUUUUGAAGUAUUCAGAUGUUUUGACUUAAGAAUUGGUAGGAAGUCAGGAAGAAAGAGAAAGUGUCUUCAAAGUUUCCAAGUUACCUAUCUCUAAAAUGCUCAGAAUGGUCAACUGGACCUCAAGUCUGAGAGCCAGUGAGGAAUUGAGAAGCCUGAAACUUGUAGGAAGAUGAAAAUCUGUUCCAAGAGUAUGAAGUCUCUUGAAGACAGCUGCAGGACUAUGAGGAGAAAUAAAAAUCCACUGAUGAUACCAUGCAACCAAAGGAAAUACAGCUAACAAUAACUGAAGCCCUCUGGGACCAAGUACUAAUGGCUUUUAGGGAUAUACAAAAAGAGCUGCAGGAAGAUGCUCGGAUUCGAGGGAUGAGCAACUGCUCCAUGAUACCCAGGUCAUUUGCAUUUGGGACUGGGUUUCACCCACAUGGCCUUUCCCCUGAGGUCUCCCCUGCCCAUCCUUCUAUAGUCAAGAAACCACACCUCAUGGGUCCUCACUCGAACAUGAGAGAGCAGCACCAAACCAAGCAGGGCACAGCUUAGGUUGACUGAAAAAAAGAGAAGUUACUCGGCAGACAUCACCUCUGACCCAGAAGAGAAACUGACCCUCAUGGACAAAGAUACCAUGAUCUUCGGCCGCACCUGGUAACUUGGAAAUUGAAUGAGACCCAAGCACAUCACAACUGCCAAGCAAAGAAACCAGCAAACAAACAACCAGUAAAAUAAAUGUGAUAUAAAAGG